CUUCGAAGUGCGAUCUGAAUCGGAUACGCUGUUUUGAGCAGAGAGAACAGAGAGGGCUGUAUUUCAACUUUUCACUUUUCAAGUGGAACAGGGGUGUAAGUGAUAUGGAAAGGAACCAGCAGUGUGGCCCAGUGCUGGCCCAUGCAUCGCCCAUCUCUGGCAAACCAGAUAUGGGCCAGCAAAGGACUGUCAUUCUUUGCGGCAUCUGGGCCAAGUGUAAGUGCAUUGUGUGGGCCAGACCUAUUUUGCUAUCUGGGUUAGAACAGAACCUUACAUCAGAGUAUCAACGUGUUAGUAUUAGCUGUUCAUUUUCAAAGAGAAGCUACGAUGAGUGGACUUCAUGAGAAAAUGUCAAAAAAAACUUUGCUAGACUUGUUGGACACGUCUAUCCCGGGCAGUAAAAAGAGCGUCCUGGACCUCAAAGCUCUACGAGGUCUACUGCUCGGGUUAAUAAACCGGCGUGGUGCCGAGAUGGAGAGAGCGGGCAGUGGGGUGACAGCGGCCAGGAUGGAGAGAGCGGACAGGAUGGAGAAAGAGGACAGGAUGGAGAGAGCGGACAGGAGGGAGAGAGAGGGGACAGGAUGGAGAGAGCGGACAGGAGGGAGAGAGAGCGGACAGGAUGGAGAGAGCGGACAGGAUGGAGAGAGGGGACAGGAUGGAGAGAGCGGACAGGAGGGAGAGAGAGCGGACAGGAGAGAGACAGCGGACGUCGGCUGGGAUGAAGAUGAGUCGCAGCCGCUGAGCCUCUCCAUCUCGGACACGAGCAAACAAUUGGAGCAAGCAGUGUCCAAGUCUACAAGUCUGAUGCAAAAAUCAAAGAAUAAAGAGAAUCAGGAGCUCAGGGAGGAGAUAAACAUGCUGAAGAAAGAAAUGGAGACACUCCAAAAUCAGCUUAGUCAGUGUGUGACUAUGGAAGACAUGCGAGCGGCUCUCGUCAUCGAGAGACAAAACAUGUUGAAGGAACUGAAAGACAGCAUCACUGACACCGGGUUCUCAGAUACAAGUAGAGGGAUUAAUGUCUCUCCUACCCUAAGAGACUCUUUGACAAACGUAUCUGAUGGAGCCCUGUCCCAGGUCUACAGUGGGGUUGAGCAGGACCCAGAGUCACCCAAAGCUCUGCUGGACGUAGUUCAACUAAAGGAGACGCAGAAGAGCCUGGAGGCUCGUGUGGUGCGCCUGGAAGGAGAAAUAGAAAAUAUGCUGGAGGAGUUUCAGGUGACAGUCAGCCAGGGCAGAGACAAUAUCAGUGGAUCGGAGCAGCAGCCUCAUCUGCAAACAGCUGACCUCAGGAAUGAAGUGCAGAGCCUGCAUGAGGAGCUCCAAAAUGUGAAGCAGGAAAUGCUGGCACUCAGCGAACAGAAGGAAAGCUCAGAGAAGGAAAUGCAGGAUGCACAGGAGGCUGUUCUGAAACUACAGGCUGAAUGUGAGAAGCUCCACAGAACCACCAACAAGCUGCUGAAGCAUCAGAAGCAGGGACAAAGUCAAACCCAGGAGCUGUACAAGAUUAUGAAGGAGCGGGAUGAGAAGAUGGCAGACAAGGAGCUCACAAAAAUUGUUGAAGACAUUAGAGCGGACAUGCAGACACUGGAGAACAAGGUCCUCCUGCAUGAUACAGCAGCAGCCAAGCUGAAGAAGAAGUUACGGGAUCUUUACUGCAACUUCUGUGACUAUAAGGAGACCUGUCAAAAUGCCAAUGAGAAGAUUUUCCAGGAUCUAGACUGCAAGGUGGACCGCACUGACAUGGAUCAUCUGAGGAAGCAGCUAGAGGUUUUCAGGUUGAGAAUCCUCAUGCUACACGGCCAACCCUCAGAUGAUGCUGCUGUCUUCAAGAAAGAGUGUUUGACAAAGUUCAACUGCCUCUCCUGUGAUCGUCCUGUCAGCAUGAGUACUCCUGGACCAUCCAUUCCGGUAUUGCCUAAGCCUCCAAGUGUCCCCGCUCCAAAGUGCAACAGGAGGGUGAGGCAGUGGACUAACUUGGACAAGUCCGAUGAGAGAUCGUCUACAGAGGGGAGCGUGGAGCAAACCAGGGAGGAAGAGAGCUGUGGUUCUGAUGAGCGAGUCCACAAGGAAGUGAGACUGACCGUCACCCCCCCCAAAGAAGGCAAGAACAGUAAACAGGAGGACAAGGUCAACCACAGUCAGCUGCUGACAUCUAAAAGAAAAACGACUAAACGGCUGCUGCCAUUACGAGAGCAGCUUCCCAAGAUGGAGCUGCGUUGCACUGGUACAGGCAUAAAGAAGGAAAAGCAAUGGUACCCUAAGGAAUCCUUGCCAGAGAAUCUACGUUCCCGACAGAAAUAA